AAUUGCAGAAUGGCAGAAGUUGCUUUAGAGACAGUUCAAAUUGAUGAGAAGAUUGAUGUUGGUUUCUACGAGCGUUUUAAGUCGUUGCCUUUGAUCACUCAAGCGCUCAGCCAGACUGGCACGAUAUACAACAAAGUGAAAGAAAGCAAUGGACUCACCCAAUACGCUUGUAAUGCAGGCGAAAAUGUGGUGAAAACUGUUGCUACAAAAGCUUAUAAUGUCGGCACACCUAUUGCAGGAAUGGCUUUGAGAAUUGCUGAGCCUUACGUAGGCAAUCCAGUUACUACCUUGGACAAUGCAGCUGGAAAAACAUUAGCAAAGUUUCAAGAAACCUUUCCCAUAAUUGGCAAAGAUCCACUAGAUAUUGUGAACACAACUGUGGAUACAAUCAAAACUAAAGCUGGGAACUGCUGUGAUGUUGUAAACAACACCACUGUUGUACAGUUUACUUAUGCAAGAGUACAUGAAGCAAUAACCCUUUCAGAACUGGCUUUUGAAGUUCUCUUACCAUCCAGCCCUGACAGCCCAGAAGACAUUGAAGAGGUGGAACAGGAAUCAAAAGAACUGAAGAAUGAAGAAAGCAAAGGAAGUGCUGAGCGCAUUAUUGCUCUUGGGAAAAAAAUUAAAAGACGUGGUGGUGAACGGUUGAAGUCUCUAAAACCUGUAAAGUUUACCUAUGAUCAUAUGAUAGCCUUUCAAGAUAACAUGACAUCGUUGAUUCACCGUUCUCGGGAUGCAAGCAAGUAUAUGCAAGGAGCUAUACUUUACAUUCCAAGUCUUGCUCUCCAGUUAUCUGGUGAAGCCAUCGAGAACACCAAGGAGUUUGUUAUUAAUUUCAAGAAUGCUCAUUCACUUCAAGACUUACCUGGAACUGUUGCAACUGCAAGCAAUCAAAUCAUACAACCAGUACGAAGUGCAACUGGUCGACUCAUGGGACAAAUUCUACUUCCUCCAAAAAUGGUCGCUGAGUUUAUUUUGUCUUCAAAACCAAUCCAAUGUCUUGUUCCCAAUGUUGUUGUGUUUGAAGCAAUUUCCAAAAUUGAGAUAAUGAUGGAUGAACUUGUUGGAGAUGAAAGCGAAGAAGACAUUGACAAAGUAAUUGAAGAGGUUCAAGCCAAUGUUGAUGGCGCUGAAGAAUAAGUAUUUAUUACUAACCAGUUUUAUCACGAACAACUUUAUUAUUGUGUUAAAUGUUUAAUGGACAAUGUCAUUUUACUGUAAUGUGGGAUAAAUAUAUACUCAAAUACAAGUUAUUAGUGAUUGAAAAUAAGAAA